CUACGCGACGGAGCGACCGGGUUAGACGGCCCGGGGCGGAGAUAGGGAGUCGUGCGUGGGGUUAAAGUUUUGGCAACCCAGUGGGUGUGCCAGGGGUCCGGCGGCGGCAGGACCAAGUUCAACAGCGGCCGGGGCGGCAGUCGAAGGCCGGGCGCGGCAUGUCCCCGGGGCCGCGGCGCGGACAGUGAAGCACGCGGCGAGCGGGAUGGGCCGGCGCCGGGCGCCAGAGCUGUAUCGGGCCCCGUUUCCGUUGUACGCGCUUCAGGUGGACCCCAGCGCGGGGCUGCUCAUCGCCGCGGGCGGAGGAGGUGCCGCCAAGACGGGCAUAAAGAAUGGCGUGCACUUUCUGCAGCUAGAGCAGGUUAAUGGGCGCCUGAGCGCCUCCUUACUACACUCCCAUGACACGGAGACACGGGCCACCAUGAACUUGGCGCUAGCUGGUAACAUCCUUGCUGCGGGGCAGGAUGCCCACUGUCAGCUCCUGCGCUUCCAGACCCUUCAGCAGAAGGGCAAAAACAAGGCAGAGAAGGCAGGUUCCAAGGAGCAAAGGCCUCGACAAAGGAAGGGGGCAGCCCCAGCAGAGAAGAAAUCUGGAGCUGAAACCCACCAAGAGGGGGCAGAACUCAGUGUAGAGAAUUUGCAGGCGGUGCAGACAGACUUCAGCCCUGAUCCACUGCAGAAAGUUGUCUGCUUCAACCACGAUAAUACUCUGCUUGCCACUGGAGGGACAGAUGGCUACGUUCGAGUCUGGAAGGUACCCAGCCUGGAGAAAGUACUGGAGUUCAAAGCCCAUGAAGGGGAGAUUGAGGACCUGGCUUUGGGGCCUGAAGGCAAGUUGGUAACUGUGGGCUGGGACCUUAAGGCCUCCGUGUGGCAGAAGGAUCAGCUGGUGACACAGCUGCACUGGCAAGAGAAUGGACCCAUCUUUUCUAACACGCCUUACCGCUACCAGGCCUGCAGGUUUGGGCAGGUUCCAGACCAGCCUGCUGGGCUGCGACUCUUCACAGUGCAGAUUCCCCACAAGCGUCUGCGCCAGCCCCCACCCUGCUACCUCACAGCCUGGGAUGGCUCCACCUUCUUGCCCCUUCGAACCAAAUCCUGUGGCCACGAAGUCAUCUCCUGCCUUAGCGUCAGUGAAUCGGGCACCUUCCUAGGCCUGGGCACGGUCACUGGCUCUGUUGCCAUCUACAUAGCUUUCUCUCUCCAGCGCCUCUACUAUGUGAAGGAGGCCCAUGGCAUCGUGGUGACAGAUGUGGCCUUUCUACCUGAGAAGGGUCGUGGUCCAGAGCUCCUUGGGUCCCACGAAACUGCCCUGUUCUCUGUGGCUGUGGAUAGUCGUUGCCAGCUGCACCUGCUGCCCUCACGGCGGAGUGUUCCUGUGUGGCUGCUGCUGCUGCUAUGUGUCGGGCUUAUUGUUAUGACCAUCCUGCUGCUCCAGAGUGCCUUUCCAAGUUUUCUUUAGCCUUCCUGUUCCCAGGAAAUUAGGGGCCUAGACACUACCACCUUCUAGACCAGAGUGGAGGCCUGGUACCCCACUGCUCACUCCACUGGGUCCACAGCUCAGGUUGCCUCUGAUGAGACUGAUGGGCACUGCCUGCCCUUCCCAGUUAAAGCUUGGCUCUGGCCGUGGGUGACUCUAAGUCCUGGAAACUUUGCAUUCAUCAUUUGUGGAUCAGCCCAGGACAGUGGUAUCUGAAGCCCUGGCCACACCACCUGUCUCCUUCCCUCUCCUUACCCCAGGCUCUACAAUUGAGCUUGUCCUUUCUCCAGAAAUAUGUGAAGAUGCCCAAGGGCCUGGAGGCACUGCUGUCCUUCCUGAAGAAAUAGUCAUUUUCUCCUCCCCUCACAGCCUUGUGGACAGUUGCUCUUCACAUGAGCCCCUGGCAUUUGCUGGGAUAAGCACUGGCCUGGGACUUGCUGUUAGGGAAGGAGGGAGCAAAAGGAAGACCUAAGCAGUAAUCUAUGGAUUCAGCUGGGUAUCUCCAAGCCAGCCAGGCUAAAAAUAUGCAGUAAGUUCCUGGAUGGCCUACCCUAGCCCUGUGGGGAAAAUGAACCUCAGCCCAUUUGGCAGAAAAAGUUGUUUAUUUAAUAAACAAGGAAAGACUGAA